UAUUAGACUGAAUUGUCCUCUAGUCAAGAACCGACACAACUGCACGACUACGAAUUGGAACGAUACAAGAUCACAAAUCCAUACGACUACCUAUCAAUAUGUCCUCCAACGAUAACACCUCAUCUCUCAAGUCAGUGCUUGACACUGCAACCGGUUAUGUCAACUCUGGCAUCGCUGCCUUGACUGGAUCAGCUGGCGACCAGGCCAAAGCAGACGAAUACAAGAACAAGGGUGCCGCUGAAUCUGAUCUCUCGCACGCCGCCGCCAAAGCUGGGCCUUUCACCAUCAGUUCAACUGGUGUCCCUGCCAAAGACGAUCCAAACCGAAGCCAAGGCCAAUGGGAUCAGACAGUUGGUAGUACUAAGGAGACCGUCGGCAACCUCGUUGGCAGUGAGGACUGGAAACAGGCCGGUCGUGAACAAAAUCUUCAAGGUCAACAAGUAGAAGCGAAGGGUCAGCUCAGUGAUUACGGCAAGGGUAUCAGCGAUCGAGUCCAGGGUGCCGUUGGCGGCGCCGCUGCGUCCUUGACCGGUGAUCGUACUGAACAGCAGAAGUAUGCUGAUAUUCAUGACGAGGGAAAGACCAGACAACGUGGUGUCGAGCUUGAUCUGGAUGAGAAAGCUCGUGCUCAACAACAUUAAAGCUAGACGACAUUGAAGUCGACAACAUUAAGGUGGCUGAUUAGUUUAUGAUACCCAACAAUUGAUUAUAUUUCUAUCGA